AAGGAUGCCCAACCGUGAGAGAACUUUUGGAAUCCCCGCCCCCAAAAGAAUCAUAAAUUUAAAAAUCGUUUGUCCACGUGAAGCCGGCGUGCUUAGGUCUUUGUGGUCAAGCGUAAUCAGUGCUGCCUGCGAGAAUAAAUAUCGGGGGAGAAUGACGUUCGGAAUAGAGCGUACUUACAAACGAGUUUGCUUACGAAACGAUCAUUUGGUUCAACGUGGUACAUCCGAAAAGAUGGCGUCUACUAUGCAAGCGAUCCCAGUUCACAAUAGCGCUAAUCUUCACGAUUUUCCAUGGAAUUGUCGUUAUCCAAGGAAUAGUGAUUGGUUCUUUGGUAAUCUGAAAUGGUACACAAAGGAAACAGAUUCCUCCCUUCCUCGACCAGUGGUCAUCUGCGGACCUUCUGGCAGUGGAAAGUCUACUCUUUUGGGAAUGUUGAUGGCUGAAUACAAAGACUGCAUUGAAUUUAGCAUUUCACAUACUACAAGAUCACCAAGACCUGGAGAGAAGCAUGGUCAACAUUAUUAUUUUGUUGAUAAAUCCGAAAUUGAAGAUGCCAUAGCCAGAGGUGGUUUUCUGGAAUAUACAGAAUUUUCGGGCAAUUAUUAUGGAACUUCAAAAAGUGAGAUCAACAGAAUUCAGAAUAAAGGGAAGUUGUGCUUUUUGGAUCUUGAAAUUAAUGGUGUAAAAAACAUAAGGAAGACCAGCCUGAAACCCAGAUUCAUUUUCAUCAAGCCUCCUAGCCUUGAAGUCCUCGAAGAGAGAUUAAGAGGUAGAAAUACAGAAACUGAGGAAAGUCUCAGAAAGCGAUUAAACAGAGCUAAAGAAGAGCUUGUUUAUGGAGAGGCACCUGGAAAUUUUGAUUUUGUGAUAGUCAAUGAUGAUGCUGAAAAAGCUUGUGAAGAGCUGAAAAAUUAUUUGCGUUCAGAUCUUGAAAUGCUGAAGAAUCAGAAUCAGUAGCUGCAUCCAGCAUGUUUUUGUAUAUAGCUGUUAGCAUCACCUGUAAAUCUCAAAACUACAUUGUAUCACACUCACGCAGGGCAAAUUAGCUUUUAGAGGAAUUGUGUUCUCUUUUCAUCCUUUAUUUAUUGUCUUCAUUAAUUUAUUGUUAAUUUACCCUCAUCUAGUAUUUUUCAUGAUUUGUACUGUGCAUUUUACCCCCUUUUCUUUCCCCCCCUUUACUGCUGUGAUGACCAUUUGGGAGUAACCAACAUUUCUUUGAUCAUUAAAGAUAAAUGACAUUUUCAUUGUUAUUCAGUAGCUGUAUUUGUUAUUAUGUGCUGGCUCACAUGCCUUUUUUUUAUUUGCUAAGAUAGUUUUUUUUUAAAACCAUUUUUGUACUAUUUGUUUUUUUUUAAUUGAUUAAUUAACUCAAUCAUUUAAUGACACCCAGUUUUUGUGUAUAUCAAGAAAAGCUUUAAUUUUUUUUUUAUAAACAUUUUGAAAUAAAAAUAUUAAGUGGAUGCAUCCUCUUUUGGUUAGGAAAUAAAGGGAUGCUAUUUCAAUUAUUAUUUUGUAAGUUUCAAGUUAAGCAAAUUAUUUAAAUUAGAAUUUAAUUUAUCUUAGAUACAGAGAUAAAACAAUCCUUAAAUAUGCAUUUUCUUUUGUAUCUAAGAGUUUCAUUUAAAAACUGAAAGAUCCAGACUUUUCUGUUUAUCAGUUUUUUUUCUAAGUUUAAAAUAAUAAUUUUAACAAUAAGAAGUGUAUAGUAAAAAUAUUUUUUUAAAAAUUACAUUACAAUUUUGGAAUAAAAAAUUCUACCGUAUUAAUUAAUGUUUUAAAUCUGUUUUAAAUCUUUUUCAAGUUAAAUAAUAUCCUGAAUAAUCUAGUUCAAUAAUACCCUUUCAAAAUUUAUUGAUAAUCUGAGAUAGAUUUAUUUUAAACCUUUAAAUUAUCUUAUUUCAUUUUCCUAGAAAAAGAUCUUAACAGUUUAAAUGAUGCAUUUUUAGUUGUCUAAUGUUUCAAUUUAAAUUAAUUUGGUUUAUUAAUAUUUAGUUAUUAUUUUUAUCAGUGUUUCUCACUGAUGAGACAUCAACAUAAAACACUUGCGUAUGAUGUACGCAUAUUUGUUUGAACUUUUCUUAGAUAUAAAUAUUUCAUAAUAUUUUUUUUUUUAAUGCAGACAGAGAGCAUUUUGUAUUGUCAAGUAGAGAUGUGUUAAAGAAUACAUUCUUGAACUCUCUAUUUUUUGUUUUGUAAGUGUUACUACUUUUAACAAAUAAAAAGAAAAAAAAAUGACAUGCUGUGAUGGUAUUAUUAUUGUAACAUUGUUGAAUGGAUUACAGUUUUGCAAGAGCAGAAUAACCAGAACUGCAAUUAUAGUGUAAUUGUAUACUCAUUCGUUAAAUAAAGUUACAAUUUAAAAACUUA